AUGAGGCUCUUUGACAGAAAGAGACGGCGAAGCUUCGCCAUCCCCAAAGAGGGUCCGAAGACCCAGCGCAGUUCCAGGCAGCUCGCAGGGUUUGGCCUCCGGCGUUCCCGGUGCUUCGAGGCCCGCGUGUGGCAUUUGCUGCAGCGGGCGCAGCCCGGGACCCGGAAGCAGCUGCUGCAGCGCUGCUCGGAGACCCAGCGCUUGGACCUGGAGCGCUGGGUCCUUACCAGGAAGCCAUUGCUCCCCGGCUGCAGAGUGCCCCAGGCACUCGGCCAAGCGCGGCCGCGGCGAGGACCGGCAUCAGUGGUGGCGGCGGGAGCCGGCGCCCCCUACGUCUGCAGUCAUCGCAGUAAUGGAGGGCCUGUCCGCUAUGAUGCCCGUGUCUCUUGCUGGCCUUUCCUGCUCUUCACAAAAAUGACGCUUCACCUUCCCACAGCUCUCAGCCAACUGGAAGUUCUGGGGGCGGUGCAGCGUCGCUGGCAACGGGACAUGUGCCAAAAGCAGGACUUUGCCAGUCGCGAGGUGCGCGAGAUCAGCUUCAAGCGCUUCAAUGACGCAGUCGCGCUUGAGUUCGAAGCGCGUGAGAUGGACCUGACUUUAGACUCAGCAUAUCGGUUUCAGGCCUUCGUGCCUGCCAACUUCUUACUGGGAAGGAGGCUCGGGACACCUCACUUCGUUGUCUCGGAAGAAGGCUUGCAGAAAGGCUACGAAGCUUGGCAGUCUUUGUAUUGCUCGAUACACUCUGCAUAUGCUCUUGAGCACGACAGCUUCUGCGGCCGCAGAAACCGCUUCACGUCCAUUGCAAACACCUACAGCGCAGAGGGUCUCCAAGAAGUCUGGCAGAAGCUCCGUGCGACCUACUCGGCAGUCUUUAAAAAAGCUGGCCAAAGCGGGAAGCGAGUGGAGGCGCAGUUGACUUGGUUGCAGAGGUGCUUCAGCAUGCGUUCGCAGAUGCAGCCUGGCGGACGCGCGCAGGCAGGUUUUGUCAUCAAUUUCUGCACGUCGUAA